AGAGAGCGCAGAGCUUCGUUUGCUCCUCGGACAAAUUGAAUCCCCCAGUCUCUUCUGCUUCGCUGCGAUCAUUGCUGCUUGGAAGUGGCAGCUUGCAGCAAAGUAAAAGAACACACCUUCUGCGAUCGAAAAGCAGCUCCUCGCCACUACCCCUACAUCUUCAUCUCGCAACAAAACGAUGUGGGGAAGCACAUGAAGCUGAAGCAGGGGCGAUCGAAGAGCUUCAAUCGCAGUGAGGAUGAUUGUCCGGAAUCUCCACAAAGCUUCGUGCUGGAGCGCGCGAGUGUCAGUACGGCCACAGUCAUGGAAACAACCUGGAAUUGGACUGCGAGUUAUCACCAGCACGAAUCACUUCUCCGAGGCUGGCCAGAAAGCUACAGUCAUUCAGAGCCACGCUCUUCGACAGCCACGAGUUGCAGAUGAUGUGCCUGGAACGAAGCCAGAAACCGCCCAGAAGCCAGCUGCAGCAGUUCCAGGACGCAAAGACCCUCUUGCGCUGGAUGAUAAGACGAAUAAGGAACAACGGAAAGCAGAUUGGGCUAUUAUGAAGGAGAUGGCAAAGUACUUGUGGCCGAAAGACAAUCUUGGGACACGGUUUCGGGUGGGACUCUCUUUGGCACUGCUCGUUGGUGCCAAAGUGUUGAAUGUCCAAGUGCCGUUCUACUUCAAGAGCAUUGUUGAUUCAAUGAACGUCGAUUUUGUGGCCGUUGGAGGCACGGCUGCUACUGUCGCUGGGUCGAUGAUCUUUGCGUAUGGCAUGACCCGAAUCGGAGCUACGAUUUUCCAGGAAGUAAGGAAUGCGGUGUUUGCGAGCGUUGCUCAAAAAGCUAUCCGAAGGGUAGCUUGCAAUGUGUUUGGUCACUUAUUGCGGUUGGACCUAAAUUUCCAUCUAACAAAGCAGACGGGUGGGCUGACCAGAGCCAUUGACCGAGGUACAAAGGGAAUCAGUUUCCUUCUCACUUCAAUGGUAUUUCACAUCCUACCUACAGCUUUAGAGAUCAGUAUGGUCUGUGGUAUUCUCACCUACCAAUACGGUGCGAAGUUUGCCGCCAUUACAGCAUUGACAAUGGUUGGCUACACAGCCUUCACGAUUUGGACAACCGCCUGGCGAACCAAGUUCAGGAGAGCCGCGAAUGCAGCAGAUAAUAAAGGUUCCACGGUCGCAGUCGACUCCUUGAUCAACUACGAAGCCGUCAAAUACUUCAACAAUGAGAAGUUCGAGGUUGGCAGGUACGACCAGGCUUUGAAGGAGUAUGAGGAAUCGUCCAUCAAAGUUGCAACAUCACUGGCAUUUCUCAAUUCGGGACAAAACCUGAUAUUCUCAAGUGCCUUAACCGCUAUGAUGUAUCUAGCAGCGGAUGGAGUUGCAACUGGGAACUUGACUGUUGGUGACCUGGUGAUGGUCAACCAACUUGUUUUCCAACUUUCAGUACCACUGAAUUUUCUCGGCUCGGUUUACCGAGAACUUCGUCAAUCUCUCUUGGACAUGGAGACCCUCUUCAACCUUCAGAAGGUUAAUGUCGCAAUUAAAGAGCCUCCGAAUGCAAAGUCGCUCCAACUUACGAAGGGGGGCGAGAUCACUUUUGAGAAUGUGACAUUCGGAUACCACCCAGACCGGCCAAUUCUCAGAAACCUGAGUUUGACCAUCCCAGCUGGAAAGAAGAUUGCUAUAGUCGGACCUAGUGGAUGUGGCAAGUCAACAAUCUUGCGACUCCUCUUCCGUUUCUACGACAUCCAAGAGGGCAGAAUUCUCAUUGAUGGCCAAGACAUCCGCGAUGUGAGCUUAGAUUCUUUGAGAACGGCGAUUGGUGUUGUACCACAGGACACACCGCUAUUCAACGACACUAUCGAGCACAAUAUCAGAUAUGGUGAUCUUAGUGUAUCUCCUGAGAAAGUCUUAGCUGCAGCCCAGCGAGCAAAGAUUCACGACAUCGUGUCAGCAUUUCCGGAUGGGUACAAGACCAUGGUAGGAGAGCGUGGUAUGAUGAUCUCGGGAGGCGAGAAGCAACGUUUGGCGGUCUCAAGAUUGAUCUUAAAGGAUCCGCCAUUACUUUUCUUCGACGAAGCUACCUCGGCCUUGGACACUCAUACUGAGCAGGCUCUGAUGCAGAAUAUCAACAGCAUCUUAAAGGACAAGGCAAGGACCAGUGUGUUCGUUGCCCAUCGUUUGAGGACUAUCUAUGACAGUGAUAAGAUCAUUGUCCUCAAAGAAGGUCAGGUGGCUGAAACUGGUACACAUCGUGAGCUCAUUGAUACUGGCGGCGUGUACUCGGAGCUCUGGAGUGCUCAAGAAACCCUAUUUGAUGACGAUGGGGAGCAAAAGGAAAUAGAAUUUAACGAUGUCGAGAUUGGCGAGGAUUCGAAGGAUCGGCCAGUGUCGUGAAUACCUAGCAAACUUUUCGGCGGAGGCUUCAGCAUUCAGACAAGUGGUCUAUGUCAGGAGUCUCAGUAUGUUGUAGUUCCACUCCAGUUUAUACCCGCAGUUACGAACUAUGGUGAUUUACAGCUGUAAAUGCUGUGAUGCAACAAUAGGUAAAGUCCUGUAUCGAUAUCCAUAGAGUAGAAGCCGUCACUCAGCCGGGUGCAGGGACGAAUUUAGAUCUAAAUUGCAUGUGCACUCCAUGUCCCAGCCGCGUGCCGAGAAUUGGGCUGAUUGCUCCUCAUCAAAGAGGAUC